AUAUUCCACAGCGCUGCAAAGGCGCUCAGCAGUCUCGACUGCGCUCGAAAUUCCGAGUUGGAACACGAGGCCAACAAUUGUGGCGAUGAUGCGCAGCCGCGCCUGGGGAUUUUGACUCAGGCUCGGAGCGUGUGCGCGCAGGAAUUGCAGAGUCGAAGUGUUCGGUGUUUCGAUGGAAGGGACUUGGUUCAGGAUUCGUGGCGACAGGAUUGUUGGGAGGUGAUAGAACUGCGAAGGUGCUUCGCUCCCCUUACUCGCACUAAUGGCGCCAGGAUACCGAAGUGAGAAGGACUGCUGUGGUUGAGGAAUGGUCUGCUCUUCCUGCAGGAGUUUGAGGGAACUCGAUGGCGAACUCGAGCGUUGCUUCCGUUGUCGCACGCCAUAGAUAUCUGUCUCCGACCAGUGCAGAGGAGGUCAGGUCGAGGACUGCACUUCUUGAAUCCCGGCCCAGUCUUCCGUCGUGUACUCUUUAUUUGAGAUCUUACUGUGCUUGUAAUCAAGGGGUUAAAAACUCGUUCGGCCUCAGGUCCCCGCCUUCGAAAUUGCACAAUGUGCUCAAUUCACGCCAUUCGUCUUCCUUUUCUUCGAGACGGAAGUCGUUGCGAUCAUUGUCGAAAUCAGAUCAAUCUCAGGACAUCUUGUCGGAGACUGGAGCCAGUGGAAAGAAGGUCGGGGUUGAUGUAUUGGACCAAGAGAAAGGAGGUUUUGAUCGUGAGCCCCGUGACUUGAAUGGUUCAAAGUUCUCUGAAGCAUCUACCAGCGGCUCUGAAUUGCCAAGCGAGGAGUCCUUGAAAAAUCUGGAAGGAUUCCUGCAACGGGUGAAGAAUCAGGUGAAGAUACAAAAGCUCGACGAAGAUUCGCCAAUAGCCUCCCCAGACAGUAUUUUAGAUACUUUGCUUCUCAUCAGCCCCUUCUUUCUUUGGGGCACUGCGAUGGUUGCCAUGAAAGGCGUGUUGCCGAAAGCAGGUCCUAUGUUUGUGGCAUCUGUGAGGCUGAUUCCCGCAGGUUUACUUCUCAUUUGGUUUGGUGCUUCUAGGGGGAAAAAGCAACCUGCAGGGGCUAUGGCCUGGAUUUCGAUAAUUCUCUUCGGCCUGAUAGACGCCUCGUGCUUCCAAGGUUUCUUAGCUGAAGGAUUGAAGAGGACCAGCGCUGGCUUGGGUAGUGUGAUAAUCGAUUCUCAACCUCUGACAGUAGCAAUUCUAGCAGCUCUUUUAUUUGGAGAAAGCUUAGGAUUUAUAAACUACGCUGGUUUGGCACUGGGAGUUCUGGGUCUUCUCUUUUUGGAAGUGCCCUUGGAUUUGUUGAAGAAUGCGUUAGCUUCAGCCAGUGAUGGAAGUGGCUUGACAGGGUUGAUUGGUGAUUCAUCCUUUCUGAACGAGUUUGCUUCCUGGGACCGAGGGGAAUGGAGGAUGCUUCUUGCAGCGCAAAGCAUGGCUGUGGGAACUGUGAUGGUUCGCUGGGUUUGUCAAUACUCCGACCCAUUCAUGGCCACCGGGUGGCACAUGGUACUGGGAGGGAUACCACUUCUGAUCCUUUCCGUUAUCCAGCAAGAUCCAGCCCUUAGUGGUCACAUCCAGGAUCUUGACGCUAAUGAUUGGUUGGCCCUUCUGUACACAUCUGUAGCUGGGAGCGCAAUAAGUUAUGGGGUGUUUUUUUACAAUGCAACUAGAGGGAGCUUAACGAAGCUAAGCUCUCUCACAUUCCUUACCCCUAUGUUUGCUGCUCUCUUCGGAUUCUUAUUCCUCAACGAAGUCCUUACACCGGCUCAGUUUUUGGGUGGGUUUAUCACUUUAGCAGGAGUCCUGCUUGUGAAUUAUAAGCCCAGCCCUAUUGUGGAAGUUGAGUCAGACUCAGACAACCAGCGAAAACUACCCUGAAGGUGAUAAUUUGUUUAUAUUUGUUGGAUAAUUCUUAUCUCUGAUACUCUCAAAUUUCUGAGGUCGUAGGGUCUACGGCAAUCCAGGCAUCCUUUAUCCUGUUAGAGCAUUUGAAGAAGUUUCUCUUUUGUAAAGUAGGGAUAAUGUUUCCACUGCACAUAAAAGGUGCGAACGUGGAUUGUAAUUUACAUCUCUUAUAUUCUCUUGGAAGCAAGUAAAACCUUGUGACAUCCUGUUCUACUUGCACUUCACAUGAAAAUUUUGCG